AAAUAAAUUUGACUGAAAUUAGUGUGUUGACCUUCGCUUCGUGUAUACGGAAACAUGGAUGCCAUCUGAGCCGACGUACGUCCAAAAACCAAACAAUACCAGAUCGAUCAACAUUACACCCCUUAAAUAGCUAAUCAAAGGACCAGAUGAAUCCUGCAUAUCAAGUCAACUUGCCGCCCGGGUACCCUCAAUCAGGAAUACCAUCCGAUACGAGAAAUGUACCAAUGCAAGGUGUAAUGCCACCCCUGGCCUACUCACCUGCACUCUACACUGCUGUUAACCCCACGCUCAAUCAACAUGGCUCUAUCACUGGUGCGAAUGGUCCUGCAGGAGCUGGUGGAGGUCUACUCUAUGAAAGCAGUGCAUCUCCAUUGAUGCGGUCAUAUGGAAAAGGAAGUCCGUACGUACUGCCAGCGACUCACACCUCCUAUUCCACUGGAUUGAAUACAUCUCCUGCCCACACACAGUCGGCAUAUACACAUUCACUCUCACAGUCUAGUGGAGGUACGUUAUAUAGUGCACAGUCUGCCUACCCUCCGGGGCUGAUACCAGGCCUAGCGCCACCAACUAACUUACUCCAAGCUCAACAACAACAACAGAGGCAACUCUAUCUACAAAGCACGGCUCAGCCGGGCAUGAACCCUGCACUUGGAAUGAACCCAGCAGCAGCUGCGGCCUUAGCUGCUCGACAAUCACCUGUACAAGGUAUGCCAGUCAACCAGGCCCAACACUACCAGUACGCCAUGAUGUCAGCCCCGCCCGCUGGUAGCGUGUACCCCAACCCUACCUAUUACCCCUCCUAUGGUCCUGUCUACCACCAGAACAAUGGGGCGAUACCAUAGUCUAGGAGGGAUGAGAAGGGGACCAAGGUGGAAGUAAGGGUGUAAGAGGAGGAGACAUGGGUAGCUGACUGCUUAGAGGGUGAGAGAGAAUGAGAGAGAGAGAGCGUGAGAGAGAAUAUUUAUGACCGAGUGAAUGUAUUAAUGAGUGAGAGAAUGAUGGGUAAUAUAUCAUAGAUUCAAAAGUGAGAGAGAGAGAGAGUGAGUGACACAUGGUGUCUCAUUCUUAUUUGGUUUGAAGAUAGAGACCAUUUUGCUGAUAAGUAUCAUGGAUGUCUUUAGAUAAAGCAUUGUCAUCAUGUUUCACCAAGGAAGUGCCAAAUAGGUUUCGCUUCCAAAAAAAGAAAAAAAAUCAUUGAAAAUAAAAGAAAACAAGAAAAAAAUUCCCAUAA